AUGGCCCAAAAUAGCACAGCAAGACCUCAAUCUCAGGAGAACCCACACAAAACCCAAGCAACUAACCCACCCCAAGCCAAAGUCGAAGAGGCUCGAAUCCAAGCGGCCAAAGGCGAACUGGGCUAUAGCAACGCCGAUCAGAUCGCGCUGGUGGAUGCGGUCCAACAAAUCUUACCCUUGGGAGCUAAUGAGUGGAAAAAGGUCCAAUCAAUAUAUAACUCGUACGCAUCUUUGAACCGACGAUCAUUACGACUAGAGGUUGAAUCUUUGAAAACAAAGUUCAGAGGGUUGAUAAAAUACCUGAAGCAAUAA